UACGCCACCGUUUCCAAGGAGCACCAGCGGGGUCUUCCGGGUGGACCCCUGCCUCGGCCGAUUGGUUGGAGGUUGCCGCUAGUGAUCCAGAACCAAUCGGCUGCUGCUUUCCCCGCCCCUUUCUUCCUCCUCUCCAACCGGAGGUCAUCAGAGGCUGAGAGCAGGUUUCCUAGGCAACUACUAGGUUGAGUGCACACACUAGGCCCAGAGCAGAGCUAGGGAGGGAGUUGCGCCCACUGCUUCUAGACUAGGAUUGAGAGGUCGAAGUGAGCUCUGGACCCUGCUCUGUCUCGACUGCUCCAGAAUCUUUCUUCUCUCUGGGAUGUGACAAUAUUACUAUGACCCUUAUUUUUAAUGGAAGAUGAUUGAAUGUGAAAACUUAAACCAAGAAGAAACCAUUAAAGAACUGUGUUUACGCAAUGGUUUAUCUUAUGAAAUGGUUGUGCAAGAAGGAUCAAAUACUUCAAAACUGGAGAUGUUUUUCUCAGGGUAUCCCCGUAUUGUUGGAUUAUCAUUGUUUCCUAACUUAACAAGUCUCACAAUCAUUGCUCAAGAUAUAAAAGAAAUUUCAGGAUUAGAGACUUGUUUGCAACUCAGAGAACUUUGGAUUGCUGAAUGCUGUCUAGAGAAAAUUGGAGGUCUUCGAGAAUGUAGAAAUUUAGAAAAACUGUAUUUAUAUUAUAAUAAAAUUUCCAAAAUAGAAAAUUUAGAGAAAUUAUUGAAAUUGGAGGUUCUUUGGCUGAACCACAAUACAAUUAAACAUAUUGAGGGCUUGCAAACUUUGAAGAAUUUAAAUGACCUCAACCUUGCUGGAAAUCUAAUAAGCAGCAUUGGUCGAUGUCUUGAUCCCAAUGAACAACUGGAAAAAUUAAACCUUUCUGGUAAUCAAAUAUGUUCUUUCAAGGACCUGACUAACUUAACCAGACUUCAUCGCUUAAAGGAUUUAUGUCUGAAUGAUCCUCAGUAUAAAUCCAACCCAGUUUGUCUGCUGUAUAAUUAUUCCACACAUGUACUAUAUCACUUGCCUUGCCUUCAAAGACUUGACACGUUUGAUGUGUCAGCAAAGCCGAUCAAGGAACUGGCAGAUACCACGGCAAUGAAAAAACUAAUGUUUUACAAUAUGCGUAUAAAAACUGUUCAGAGACAUGUUAAUGAAGACCUUGAAAAACUGAAUGAUCGAAAAUGUAAAUUACAGAAGUUGCCAGAAGAGCGAAUAAAAUUACUCAGCUUUGUGAAAAAAACCUUGGAACGGGAGCUGGCUGAACUCAAGGGAUCUGGCAGAGGGCAAAAUGAGAAAUCCAGUAAUAAAGUAACAGAGCCUGAAAUAUCAGAGAACUCUGAAACUGCUACAGAAGAACCAAGCCUUCAGCAGAAGAUACUGAACAAACUAAAUGCUGUGAAUAAAAGGAUAUCGUUCUGGAACAAAAAACUAGAUGAAAUUGAAGCAAUUUAUUGCGUUGAAGUAAAGCAAAAGAAGAAAAGUCGUGGGUUAUUGAUUCCAUUUUUGUUCAUUGAGUUGGAGAGUGUAGGAAAUAUCCUCUUCGAAGAAGGCACUCAAUCUGAUGACUGGUUUAAUUCCUGCUAUGAAUUAAUUCUAUCACGUUUUUGCACAUGGGACUUCAGGACAUACGGUAUUACAGGAGUAAAAGUAAAACGUAUCAUCAAAGUUAACAACCGUAUUCUGAGACUAAAAUUUGAAGACAAAUUCCAAAAGCUUUUGGACAAUGAAGAUAUGCAUGAUUCAGAGAGCUAUCAAAAGAUGCUGGAAUGCCUUUUUUAUGUUUUUGAUCCUGAAGUUACAAUGAAGAAAAAGCAUCUGCUACAAAUAAUUGAAAAAGGAUUCAAAGACAAUGAAACAACCAAGCUGCCUCUCAGAAAGGAAGCUGUUAUUCUUACUAACAGCCUAAGUAUAUGUGAGUGUCCCAGGAUUGAAUUUCUACAGCAGAAGUACAAGGAUGAGAAGAUAAACUCCUUCGAACAUGAGCUCUUUAGACAUGGCAUCCUCCUCGUUACAAAGGUUUUCCUUGGCCAGAGUGUUCAGGCUCGUGAGCAAGAAUCCAUCAGUCAAGCCAACUAUUCAAUGGUUAAUUCAGUGUUCAUUCCUCGAAAAUAUUUACUAAAUUCUACAGUGGGACCAAGAAACUGCGAUUGCAGCUUUCGGCAGUGCAAGUGGUUUGUCUUUGAUCAUGACCUUGUUUUGCCAGAAUACAUCGUUGAGAUUGAGUACAUGACAGUGGUCAAGGCUCACUCUUUAUUUUCUUCAUUCAACAAUGUUAUUUUAGAAGAAAGCAAAAAAAAAUCAGAAGGAUCAGUAUUGUCCCAGGAAUUGAAAUAUGAUGAUGAAGUUACAAAAAUGGACCCCAGGAUCAAGCCCAGACCAAAACUUAUUAGUUUGGAUGAUAAAACAAUAAUUUCCCUUGCCAAGACUAGCACAUUCAGUCACAUUGUGAGUCUGAAUCUCCAUGGAAACAGCCUGAGUAAAUUGAGAGAUCUCUGCAAGUUAACAGGACUUCGAAAACUUAAUAUCAGCUUUAAUGAAUUUACUUGUUUAGAUGACGUAUACCACUUGUAUAACCUUGAAUAUUUGGAUGCAAGCCACAACCAUGUGAUAACCCUUGAGGGAUUUAGAGGUCUGAUGAAACUGAAGCACUUAGAUUUGAGCUGGAACCAACUGAAAAAAUCUGGUGAUGAAAUAAAUAUGUUAUGCAAACAUACCACAAAACUUCUUACUCUUGAUAUUCGACAUAAUCCAUGGCAAAAGCCAGCCACAUUAAGGCUGAGUGUUAUUGGCAGAUUAAAGACCCUUACUCAUUUAGAUGGAAUCUUAAUUUCUGAAGAGGAAGCAACAGCAGCUAUGAAAUUCAUUAGUGGAACAAAGAUUACUCAGUUAUCUCUCUUACAGCACUCUAGCACUAAAGAGGAGAGACCACGGAUACUUAGUAUAUGGCCUUCUGCCAAAAUUAUGACACAGACUUCAAAGUUAGGACCACAUUCACAUCUGAAUGGAAACUGGUACUUGAAGAUAACUGCCUUAAAUUUAGAUGGGCAACAUCUCUUUGAAAUCACAAAUAUAGAAAAGUUGGAAAAUUUGAAAUGGGCAUCCUUCAACAACAAUAAUCUCACUAAAAUGGAAGGCUUAGACUCUUGUGUUAAUUUGGAAGAGCUCACCUUGGAUGGAAACUGCAUCUCAAAAAUAGAAGGCAUUUCCAAUCUAACUAAAUUAACCCGCCUCAGCAUAAAUAACAAUCUUCUCACUGGUUUGGAAAAGCAUACUUUUGAUAACAUGCUUCAUCUUCACUCCCUUUCUCUUGAGAACAACAGAAUCACUUCAUUGAGUGGUUUACAAAAAGCUGUCACUCUAAUUGAAUUAUACAUAAGCAAUAACUAUGUUGCUCUCAAUCAGGAGAUCUACAAUUUAAAGGGCUUAUGCAACUUGGUCACUCUAGACAUAUAUGGAAACAUUAUUGUAUGGAAUCAGGAAAACUACCGGUUGUUUGUAAUAUUUCAUCUUCCAGUACUGAAAGCUUUGGAUGGAGUCUCAAUUGACCCAACAGAGAUUGAGUGUGCAAAAGAUUUAUUUGGUGGCAGACUAACUUCUGACAUGAUUGCAGAACGACAAGGACAUUCGAACUUUACCCAAAUGCAAGAACUAAAUUGGACUUCAUCAUCCAUCAGAACUGUGGAUUUGAUUCCAGUUGACCAAUUUAGAAAUGUGUGUAAUGUGAAUUUACAGAACAAUAAUCUUACCUCAUUCAGUGGGUUAAUCUACUUGCCUAAUGUAAAGGUCUUAUGCCUCAACUAUAAUCAUAUUGCAUCAAUCAUGCCCAGACUAAAACCUCAGACCCACUUGACCAACAGACAGCUGCUCUACCAGAAAGUGCCUUCAAGUGGCUACGGACAGCACGGAACUUCAAAAAUGAACCGGGAUGUAAUGAACAAUGAAAAUUUGCCUCCAAUAAUGCACAGCUUAGAAGUUCUUCAUCUGGGCUACAAUGGAAUUUGUAAUUUAAUUCAGCUACAACUAAACAGACUAAGAAAUUUAAAAUUCCUCUUUCUACAGGGGAAUGAAAUCAGUCAAGUUGAAGGGCUUGACAACUUACUAGUACUUCAGGAACUGGUAGUGGACCAUAACCGCAUCAGAGCAUUUAAUGAUAGUGCCUUUGCCAAACCAAGCUCCCUGUUGGCACUUCACCUGGAAGAAAACAGACUACGAGAGCUGAACAACUUACAACCUUUGGUAAAACUAGAGAAACUCUUCCUAGGAUAUAAUAAAAUCCAGGAUAUAACAGAACUGGAAAAACUUGUUGGUGUCUCUUCUCUCAGAGAGCUUACAGUUUAUGGCAAUCCAAUUUGUAGAAAAAUGUUACAUCGCCACAUGCUCAUAUUUCGGCUACCUAACUUACAGAUGUUAGAUGGAAUUCCUGUGAAUCCAGAUGACAGGGCAAAAGCUGAAUUUCACUUCUCUGAACUACAAGCAAAGAAAAAUCUGCUUAAUCCUGCUACCAACUCUCCUAUGGAUGGUGCGUCAUUUGGCCAAGUGAAAGCUUCUCCUAUAAAGAUAACAAAUGUAAUUCUGUCUAGUGGAUUUAACCAUUACCUGGGAUCUGACUUCAAUUUGUCUCCUGAAGUUGAAGACAGAAAAAACAAGACUGCAGGGAUUCUGACAAAUAAUCCUCGGAGCAUCCAUGCAGAAAUAGCUUUUCGGCAACUCAGAGGGAUAAAUCUCUCUCCAUCUCUUUUAUCAUCUCAGACUAUGGCAUCUCCAACUGCAAAAACAUACCAAAGCAACCAAGAUGGGGGAAGAAUUCCUGGCAGCCACUUCCCAAGAUCAAAUAGAAUGUAACUGCCUAAAGAGAAAUGAACAUACACCAAGAACCUAUUUCUGUUUAGUAAUUGUGCAAAAACUAGCAGACAAUGCCAGUGGAAAAAAAAUAAGAUAACCAUGUUACUUACGUUUCUGAAACACUUCAGUUUAAUCUUUAACAGUCUUACUUAUUAAAUUUUAUUUAAUAUCCCUUCUUUUAAACUUUCUUUAUGGUUAUUAGAAACCAUAUAUUAGAAAAAUCAUUAACUAUAAUAUCAUACAACAAUUUGAAAAGACUCAAGUGACAUAAAACAAAGGCCAAAUAAUCAAAUAUGUAGUCCCAGUACUGGAAGCAUUUAGUUACAAACUCUUGUCAUGACCUAUCAUAUGAGGAUACUAAGAAAUAUAGUUUUAGGAAAUAAGCAUACUUUCAUUUGUAGAAUAUCUGCUCAUUUGGGGUUACCUAAACCAAAGCAUACAGUUCUUACCAAAUACAACUAUUACUGAAGCAAGUUAAGAUUAGCUAGUUAAAUCACAGACUAGUCUUUUUUGGACUAUACUUGGGGAAAAAAGUUCAAGUGGGGUCUACCCUAAGAAUUGUUUAGAGGCAAACCAUGGACAUCAAUAGUUCUUUCUGAAAGUGGCUAAUUGUGAGUGGAAGCAGUCAUUGAUGCUCUAAGAGUAAGAGAAUACUAUCUCAUAUACAAGAUUUGUUAAUUGUGCCCAUAGUGAUAUAAUUUUACAACUGGUUUUAGGCUAAAAAAAACGCAUGUUCAAACUGAGUAGACAUUUAAAAUUUGGACCCUUAAUAAUUUCACUGGAAAUAAUUUAUCUAAAAUAUUGCAUUGUGUAGUAUUAGCACAUAUCACAAAUCAAUCAAAUUUUAUUUUUUUUUACUUGAAAAAGUAUUUAUUUAGAACCUAUUUGGUAAGAACCUAAAAUUUUAUUCAGAACAUCCAGAUAAGUAUGAUGUACUGGGUGAGACACAGACAAUGUCCCCUCCAGCAUUGUAACAGGAUGAACACAUGACAGAGGUCCUAUAAAUCUUGGAUGUAUACUUUCUUGGGACAGGAGGAUGAACAGGUCACCAUCUUGGCAACUAACUAAUAUUACCUGGCACAAUUUCAUGAACUAGUAAUGGAGAAACGAUUUCUCGGUCCCAUCUCAGAUGACUUUUCUAUAAUUCUAAAAAUAAGCAAUUCUAUUGAGGUGUCAUUUCUUUCACAGAGAAAUGCUUUCAUUAUGUUAACACAGUCCAUGCUGAAAAACUGUAUUUUUUGUUUUUAAUACUAAUGUAUAUCAUAUAAUGGAACAGAAAAGUUUUUCCCCUAUGGUGGGAAAACUUAGAAUUUGUAAGUUAUAUAAAUAAUAAAUCUUUUCAAAAUUGCUUUGAAGUAAAUCACAUGUAUCACUUACAAAUCAGAUUACUUCAAAUUUCCCUUAGCAUCACAGUUAUCAAGUAUGGUUUUAAAUGUGCAUGUUUGUUAAAUACAAUUCUUCAAAUUAAUAGCUAAAUUAUUAAUCAUAUUUUGAUAUAAAUUGGCUCCAUGAUUCAUGACCUAUUGUAUUUAAAUUUUUAAGUAUUGGUUCAACAUUGCAUAUAAUUUUCAUACUGUUAUAUGUUUUAUGUUCUUUACAUAAAAGUAAAUUAUUUUUACUAAAAAUUUGUAUCUUAUAAUCUAUCUGGGAAUAGUUUUAAAGAUAUUUUGGAAACUAAUCCAAAAUGUUUGCAACAAUUUUGUAUGUUUUCUUCUUUAGCUACAGCAUGUUGUAAUUAAAUCAUGUAAUAUCUAAAGUUUCAAACCUAAUACAGAUUCAUUUACCCUUCUUAAUGUGUGGUUUUUAAACAACAAUUAUUCUAGGUAGGAAUAAGAUCCUUUGUGUAAAAAAACAACUAUGCAGUUCUUAAGAUGUCCAGAAGAUGUCUUUGUCACCCUUUAGUUGUCACAACUGCUUACUUACAUUACAGUGGCAGGAGAAGGGUCUGCUCUUCAUUACUGGUUACUCACUGGGCAUAAUCUGCCUUUUUUUCCUUUUAUGAUAAUGCAUAAAUGAAACACCAAAUACGUGUAAGUUUUAUAAUAAAAUGUGUCUUUUAAAAUAAUAAUCUGGGUGGGACAAGUAAAUAUAAUAGGUUUUCACUAGAGAAAAAUUUACAAAAACACUGUAAAACAAAAAAAAAACCCUCAUUAUCCAGCAUUCUCUUAACAUUUGACAUACUUUCAGCCAUUUUUCUUUAAAUGUAUACUAUAUUUGAGAUCUAUAACUUGAUUUUUACGUACACAUUAUUAAAUUUUGAUCUUCAUAAAUGUGUAAGUACAUCUGAAUUUCUCCUUGAAGAUAAAUUAAUUUAUAGUACAUAUUUGAUAGUAAUAUGAAGAAUAAUAAUAAACACGUAUUUAGGAAUUGCUAGGUGCUGUACAGAGAACAGACAAACCCACCCUUAAAAAUAUUUUAAUACAAAUAUACAAUAAAUUAUCUGUAUAAAAGCAGUGAGGGGGUGAUUACUAAUAUAAUUUAGCACAGUUUGUAUGAAUAUUUUUUUGCCAUGAUGGCAGAUAACACUGAUGUGAUCUACAACAUAUUUCCUCUAAAAAUGCCUAAAUAUGUUAAACCAUUGGUAAUGUGUAGUUCACAAAGCAAUAGCUAUAACUUCACCAACAAAACAAAUAAAAAUGUCACUGAAUAUGUAGGAAUGCUUUUCUAGGAGUGACUUUAGAUCUGCUCUAAAUAGCUUAUCAUUCAUAACCUGAAAUUUUAAGUUAUAGUUACAAAUCAUUUGUAAUACACUUCACAACUGAUUGCAACAAAACAGGCAGGUAGUGAUUUAAAUUUACAGACACGUGUUUUAACAUGGUUUAUGCCAAUAACAAACAGCCUUAUGAAGUAGAUAUGAAAUGUCUCCACUUAUAAGUUGGCUUAAAAGGAAAAAAAACAGAUAUCACACCGAAUCCUAGAUUUUUUUUCAAUUCCAAAUUCAUUGCCUUUUCAGUUACUACAAGCGAAUUGACAUUUAAUUCUCAUGAAUGUGCUAUUUAAUCAGCUGUUGUAGAGCCCUAAUGUGUGUAAAAACUGUGAACCAUUCAUUUUCUUUUAGCAUAUUCAGGGAAAAUAUAUAAUUUCUGCAGCAAAAUUAGUUCUCUGCUCCCAGCAAAUAUCUUGAUAGAUUUAUUUUGCAUGCAGUCAUAUGCAUGAUUAUAUGAGUUGCUUUAAAUUAAAGGACAAUUACACAAACAACCUGGAAAGCUAAAAAUUAGAGCACUUUAACUAUAGAUAAGGAGCUUACUGAAUAUAGGUAAUGCCAAAGUGAUCUUCUGAUUUUAAUAUAUGCAGAUUGACUAUCAUUAAGUAAUUCUUCAGUAAGAACUUCAUUUACUUCUAUUUUUAUAGUUCUGGAUUUCUCUGACUAUUGAUACAAAAUCAGCUAUGGUUAUGAACAUUUUUGUGUGUAUUUCCAGGCACUCAUGGCUAGUUUUAAAAUAAUCCUUAUAGUUAAGUAACGUGUGAUAUCACUACUUAUUCAUAAGCUAUCAUACAUUAUGAGAAGUGCUUAAUGUUUUAAAACAUUAGGGCUUACUGUUACUCAUGUUGUAGGCUUUAAACUUUAAUUAAAUAUUACAUAAAAAGAAAUAAAUUAUUUACAGCACUUAUGUUGAAUUCUGUUGGUUUUUCAGUGAAUCUAAUCAAAUUAGUUUCUUAUGGAAUAGAAACUGGCUGCAUAUUUUUAUUAUUCUGCUUAACUACUUUCCUUGGUCAUCUCUGCACUUUUCUUCAUUACUGAAAUAUUUUUAAAGAAAACCUAUACCAAACUGCAAUUUUAGUUUGUAG